GCUCGGGAAGCUCUUCGCGGGUAUAAAUGAACCCGGAGCGCCGCGUUAUGCAACCGCGUGAACUUCGCCUGGCGCUUUCCACGCUCGCUCACACACGCCGAGUCGGAGCGCCUGCGCGCGUGCCUGAACCCCUGUGUGUGUGUGCGCGCGCGCGCGCGCGAGCUUCGUUCCUCAGCUCCGGCGUGGACCGCGAGCCCGCGACUCCUCUCCCUGUGUCUCGCGCUCUGAGAGCCCUGCCGGUGGAGUGAGCCAUGGCCGGAGACGGCACGGACCAGCGCGCGCUGCAGUACGAGCAGACUCUGAUGUAUGGCCGCUACACUCAAGAGCUGGGUGUUUACGCGAAGGAAGAAGCGGCGCGGCUGAGGGAGGAGGCGGCUUUCAGGCGUCUGGUGACGGAGCGGAGUCGGUCGCUCGACCUGCUCGAGUACGACAAGAGCCGCUGCGCGAAGUGCAGAAGGUAUCCUUACGCCCUGGACGCUCCUCAAGAUUUUUUUUCUGUCUGUACAGUGCACUGUCAGAAGUUCCUGAUCUCUCGGGUGGGCGAGGACUGGAUCUUUCUCAUUCUGCUUGGCCUGGUCAUGGCGCUCGUCAGCUGGGUGAUGGACUUCUGCAUUGCGCUAUGCCUACAAGCCCAGAAGUGGAUGUAUGGAGGUUUGGACAGUAAUGUGGUGCUGCAGUAUCUGGCCUGGGUCACCUAUCCAGUAGUCCUCAUCAGCUUCUCAGCAGGUUUUACGCACAUAGUAGCACCGCAGGCUGCUGGUUCUGGUAUUCCAGAGAUGAAGACUAUUCUGAGAGGAGUCGUAUUAAAGGAGUAUCUCACUUUAAAAACCUUUGUGGCCAAAGUCAUUGGCCUCACCUGUGCCUUGGGAAGCGGGAUGCCUCUGGGCAAAGAGGGUCCAUUCGUUCACAUCGCGAGUUUGUGUGCUGCCCUGCUGAGUAAGUUCAUGUCGCUCUUCGGGGGAAUUUAUGAGAAUGAGUCUCGGAACAUAGAGAUGUUGGCGGCUGCGUGUGCGGUGGGUGUUGGCUGCUGCUUUGCUGCCCCCAUUGGAGGUGUUCUCUUCAGUAUAGAGGUCACUUCCACGUUCUUCGCUGUCAGGAACUACUGGAGAGGCUUUUUUGCUGCUACUUUCAGUGCCUUCAUCUUCAGAGUGCUGGCUGUGUGGAACCGAGAUGAAGAGACCAUAACUGCUCUCUUCAAGACUCGAUUCCGGCUCGAUUUUCCCUUCGACCUCCAGGAACUGCCAGCGUUUGCUGUUAUUGGGAUAGCGAGUGGUUUUGGUGGAGCCCUGUUCGUCUAUCUGAACCGACUGAUCGUCCAGUUCAUCAGGAAGCAGAAGGCCAUCAACAAGUUCCUCAUGAAGAAGCGUUUGCUGUAUCCUGCUUUGGUCACCCUACUGAUCUCCACCCUGACCUUUCCCCCAGGAUUCGGACAGUUCAUGGCAGGCCAGCUGACCCAGAAGGAGUCCCUGGUCACUCUGCUGGAUAACCGGACGUGGGCCAAGCAGGGCAUCGCUGAGGAGUUUGAGUACAUUGGCCAUGCGGCCGCCUGGAAGCACCCUCAGGCCAACGUCUUCAUUACCCUCGUCAUCUUCAUCGUCAUGAAGUUCUGGAUGUCUGCCCUUGCCACCACCAUCCCUGUGCCCUGUGGUGCCUUCAUGCCAGUUUUUGUCAUUGGUGCUGCAUUCGGCCGGUUGGUGGGAGAAAGCAUGGCGGCCUGGUUUCCUGAGGGGAUCCACUCAGACGGGGUGGUCUAUUCUAUAGUACCAGGGGGAUACGCUGUAGUAGGUGCUGCAGCGUUAUCUGGAGCGGUCACACACACGGUGUCAACGGCGGUGAUUGUGUUUGAGUUAACGGGUCAGAUCAGUCAUAUUUUACCCAUAAUGAUUGCAGUUAUUUUGGCCAAUGCUGUGGCUCAGAGUCUACAGCCGUCCAUCUACGACUCCAUCAUCCGUAUCAAGAAGCUGCCCUACCUGCCCGAGCUUGGCUGGGGACACCACGAGAAGUAUAACAUUCGUGUGGAGGAUAUCAUGGUAAGGGAUGUGAGGUACAUCACUCUUAACUGCACUUACAGAGACCUGCAUGAUGUCCUGCUAACGGAACGCCUCAAAACCCUCGCACUGGUGGAGUCCUCAGAGUCGAUGAUCUUGCUGGGCUCUAUUGAGCGUGCUCAGUUGCAGGCUCUGCUGUCCCAGCAGCUUGGUCGCCCGCGGCGACUGGAGUACCUCCGCCAGCGGGCGCAGAACGAGAGGAAGCAAGUGUCCAUCGUUAGCACACCCAGCAGCGAGGAGGGAAACCACAAGGCCAACCACGAAGUCCGCUUCCAGAUUUCUACAGAGGAGUCCACGUUCAGCCCGAGUCGCUCUGUCUCACCUAAACCUCUGAAACCUGCGCUGAAGAGACAUUCGGUGGUGGAGAGAGGCACCGAGAUACCUUCAAGUCAGGAUUCAGGCAUUGCUUUAAAGAGUUUGUUCUGUGCUCACCCAGAGGCUGCAGCAGUGGAGAGCAAUAACAUGGAGAACGCGGUGGCUCCUGAGCUCAGGAAGCCCAAGCGCGUGCGGAUAUCGGUCGUGGAUCCAGAUGUAGAGGAUGAUAUGACCAUGAGAGAGAUUGCUGAGUGGGAGGAGUUACAGCUUGACGAGCAGGUCAACUUCAACAACUGUAAGAUUGACCCCGCCCCUUUUCAGCUCGUAGAGCGCACCUCACUGCACAAGACUCACACUAUUUUCUCUCUGUUGGGACUGGACCACGCCUAUGUCACCAGCAUCGGACGCCUCAUAGGAGUCGUAUCGCUACGAGAGCUCCGCAAAGCCAUUGAGGGCUCCGUGACGGUGAAAGGGGUGAAGGUGCGCCCCCCACUGGCCAGUUUCAGGGACAGUGGCACCAGCAGCAGCGAUGCAGAAGUGACGGAGCUCCACAAACUGUGGAACCGCCACACCAACCUGACCCUGCCUCAAGACCACCAGCCCUCAGACUCUGACGAGAAGUCCCAGUAAGGAGGAGAGAAGGGAAAAAAGAGGGAAAACAGAUGAACGAAGAGGACAAAACGGACGAGAGUUGUAACCGACGGCCGAAUUUUCAUCUUUUUUUUUUUUUUUUUUUUUUUUUUUUUUUUUUUAGAGCGACAGACAAAAAAAAAGGUUUUCUGGAAUCCUCUGUAUUUGUGGGGUGCUUUUGGCCCUGCCUACUCAGACUCCACCCCCUUUCUGACCCAUUCUAUCAAGUCCCGCCCCUUCUGCACUGAUUCCUUUCUUUAUUUGAGAAGGUGAGGACCUUUUAGAGCUCUCUUUGCUGUUGGUUUUGAAAAGGGACCUACGAUUUGAACACUAAGCACUGCUUUUCUUCUGCUCUUCUCCGUCUCUUCCUCUUUGCUGCUCUUCUUCUCGAGCGUGUCUUCCUAAUGAAUGCGUCCCUCGCCAGAAAGUGCGAUUAUGUGAGUGAGUCAGAGAGAGAGAGAGAGAUGAAGAAAGAAAAUUUCAGUCCUCAGUGCUGCAGUUUUUUAAGAAAUGUAGUCAUUUUUGAAGAUUUUUGAAAUUCAGAUUUACCUUCUUUUUUUUUUCUCGUAAGCUAAGAGACGCUCGUCCUUAAAUACUGACCAGUAUCCCUUGUCACAUACACUGACCACUAAACAGGCUAGUUUCUCCGCAGCCUCUUUGGCUUUCAUGUAUAUGUAAUUUAACUCCGAACGCCAGAGAUUUUUGUACUAAUGUAUCUAACAGCGAUGCACUUUUAUUUUGUAAAAAUUAGCUUUUUUUGUUGAACUAACAGCUACAGGACGCUUUGUUGGGCAAAGUGCCAAAACUCGCAUGAAACCGACCAAACGGCAACACCACAGCUUAGUCGGAAGUGGCAGAUCAACUUACGUUUUCUAUUUAUUUGUAUUUUCUAUUUAUUUAACUGACCGCAGUUAUUAACUCGAUGCUUUCUGCAGCUUAAAAUAGGCACGAUUAAAGUCAUAGUUCGGCGGAAAGUGUAACGUACACAAUCCCAGCCUUGUCCCACAUGUGGCCAGUCAACCAAGACACGUUUGGUGCCUUUAAUUUAGGCUAAUUUAGCAAAUAAAUAACAAACCUAUCAGCAUUGACAUCAUGCAAACCACAGGCCUAAACUGUCUCACUUUAUUGGCUACGUGUGGUUUAAGGGGGAAACUUUGUGAAUAGAUUUUCUGCCAGACUAUCGCUUUAACGUCUCCAUUGGCUCAAGUGAGUUGUCUUGUAUUCUGUGUUUAUUUCUGUGUGCAACGUCCGUCUUAAGGUGUCAUGAUCUUUAAACAGUGUGUCCACCAGCAGUAUUUAAUCUCUAACUCUGCACAAAAUGUUGUAACGUUGCUCGAACAUCAGUGAAUCUGAACGUCUGAACGCGCAACCCACUUGGAACAAACUAAUUUCUAAUUCCUGCUGAAUGCCAGCUCGCGCUUUUCUGACAGAUAGUGACCAGUCCAGCCCUUACGGGCCAACCACCAAGUCCUAGUCAGCACUUGUAUGACCCAAGGUGGGUCUUAAAGCGAGAAGGUGGUGCUACUUCUGAGAUUUGGAGGUAGAAUUUAUUAACAGUAUCUACUUAAAGGAGUAGUUCAGUGAAAAAUCACAUGUGCACAGUUUCCCCCAUAACCUGAAUGUAGGCAAUUAGCCAAGACAUGUUUGGUGUCUGAAGUUUACUUCUUUAGUUUUAGCGCUGGAGCUAAAAACAAAAAGGGGCUAACGUUGCUAACAAACACUAGAUGUCAAUAGUCACCCAAAAAUUUUUCCACUGGAGCCACUUUUUUUGGAUAUGCAAGCGACAAUGCCUGGUUAAAUAUUUUAAAAGUGAAUUUAUUUGAAACCAGUUUUUACUGUUUUCCAACUUAAGUGACCGAAUUCUCGUUAGUGCAGCAUUUGAAGAAAAAUGUGUACACAAUACUUUUUGUAACCAGUUUUUUUUUCAUAAUCUGUAUAAAGGUGUAAGUUAGUAAAACAUUUUACAAAAUAUAGGAUUUUGCUAUUUUUUUUUCUAAUUAAAAAAUUAACAGUUGACACAUCUCAGUGAAGAGAAUUAGGAUUAAAAAUAAAAAAAUUACAAUUUAUCAUUAUGCUGUACCUCACAGAGCUCCAGUUGAUGUAGUAAAUUAUAUAAAUGAUGUUUAUCUCUGGAUGAUUAUGACAGGACUUUUCGGACACGGUUUAAAAUAUCUUCGUAAGACGAUGUCGAGUUAAACCAGCUAAUCGUGCUUUACAAGUUGCAGAACACUGUUGAUUGUUUUGUUAUUGAAUUACUUAUAUACCCUAAUUGAGUUAAUGUAGAGUAAUUCCAGGUAGUUGCUGUGGUGCUGUUAGGGCAUUGCUUGGUGGUUGUUAGGUGGUUCUUAAGGUGUCAAUAGACUGUUAGUGAAAUAUCCCAGGUGGUUGUUAGUGUUCUUAGGCUAUUACAUUGGGAAUCCCAGAUAGUUGCUAAGGUGUUGCUAGGCUGUUAGUGUGGUAUCCCAGGUGGUGGUUAGUGUUCUUAGGCCAUUACUUUGGGAAUCCCAGGUAGUUGCUAAGGUGUUGUUAGGCCACUGCUUUGGGUAUCCCAGAUGGUUGCUAAGGUGUUACUAGGCUGUUGCUAUGGUAUUCCAGGUGGUUGCUAAGGUGUUGCUAGGCCAUUAUGUUGGGAAUCCCAGGUGGUUGCUAAGGUGUUGUUAGGGCCAUUAUUUUGAGAAUCCCAGGUGGUAAUUAGUGUUGUUAGGCCACUGCUUUGGGUAUCCCAGAUGGUUGCUAAGGUGUUACUAGGCUGUUGCUAUGGUAUCCCAGGUGGUUGCUAAGGUGUUGCUAGCAUAUGUGGUGAGACAAGCCAUAAGAAAUAAGAGGAAUGUACAGAAACGUUUGGCUACAGAGUGUAUACUGACUGUGGUGAAAUAAGAAGUAGAAGUAGUGAUUUUCUAAGUGGAGGGUCUCUCGGUUUCAGGAUUUUUGUGCAUUCCUUCUUUCAUUCCUAUCUAUCAUGUUUGAAUGAACACUUUAUGAACCCUCUAAGUCAAAUGGAUUAAAAAAGCAAAAGCAAACUAUUGAGAUGUAGGCUCUAUGAUCUUGCAAAACUUGGCGGUGUUAGCUCGGAAGCUACAGAGGGUACAUUCUUGACAUUGUUUUGCUUGAUAUGGGCCUUUUAUGGAAUCUCAAAGACACUUCUGAUACUGUUCUACAUAGUAUGGGGAAAAACUAAGGCUCCAGGGUUAGUUUAGCUACAUUAGCCUCGUAGCUCCAGCACAAAACUUAUGAAGAAAUAUUUAGCCAAAACACAUCUUACCUCACGGUCUACAUUAGGAGUAAGGGUGUCCGUUUUUCACUAAAGUGUUCCUUUAAUAUGACUUAAGGGGGAAUUUCAUUCAUUUGUAAAAAUAUCUGCAUAAUUCAGUCACUGAGAUGUAAAGUCAUUCAGAAUGGUUUGAUGAGAAAUGCUGCAUUGUAGGAAAACUCAGAUUAUCUUUCUUUUUUCGUUCUUUAGGGACUGUGAAAUACCAUGAAUGGACUUUGGAUUAAAAUAUAUAUUUCCAUGAUUUUACAUGCACUUAAUAAUCUGAUAACUACAGAAAAUCAGAUUUUGUCAGUAAUCCGAUCAACAUGCCAUAGUAAUCAGAUAAUGGGGAAACUCUGUCUGAGUCAGAGAACAACGUAACUUAAACGUAACAUAAAAUUGAAACUUAAAAAAAUACUUUUUAAAAAAAAUUAUGAAAUAUGAACGUGCAUCGUCUAGAAGACGAAGAGUAUUUAAAUCCUUCAUUUCGUCAAACAUGUUUCAUCGUCACUGAUUUCUGGUCUGUUUUCGGACUUGCGCAGUCUGAGAAAUCCGAAAGAAAUCCGAGUAAGGUUAUACAUGCACUGAGAAAUCUGAUUACUGAGCUAAAAUCCAGCCUCUUUAUCAGAUUUCCUAGUCAGAUUCCUAGAUGGAAGUAUGGUGUUUACACGACCAUUUGAGUAAUCGGAUAACUGCAGAAUUCUGAUUAUGAUUGGAUUAUUGAGUGCAUGUAUACGCAUUCAAUGUCUCAGGCAUUGUAUUCAUGUAACUCAUGAUAAUAACUUUCUGCGAAGGAGCUUUUAUAAGCAUUAGACUCUUCAGACGUCUGGUUCCUAUCACCACUGUAAACAGGUCUUACUCUGGGUUCCUCUAGAACAGAGCAUUUCACUUCAAACCACCCUGAACACCUUAAAAACUGAAUUAUGGAAAAUUUAGAGAAAUCAGUGCAGUUUCCCUUUAAUUAGCACAUUCCAUAAGCACUCAGCCUCUCUGUCUAUCUCUCUCUCUCAACAUGGCUUGAUGUCCAGCUUGUUUCCUAUAUUGUGACCAAAAAGAAAAGUAUUUUGAGACGUAGUGAGACCUAAUGAGACAAAACGAGUCUCGGAACAAAAACAGAGACGGGCAGUUCUAACGUCAUUGUUGACGGUCGUCUUACUCGUUAUUAUGAAUGUUUGUUCUGUGCCUUUUGGUUUUCGUACCUUUUUUUUCGGUUAUUUAAUCAAUCGAGUUGAUUUGAUAUUGAUUCGGCUUUGACGAGUGUCCAUCAUCUGACCUUGACCAAUAAGCUUUAAUGGCCGGGCGUUUGCGUGUGGGUGCAGGGUGGGUCUAACGUGUUUGAUGGCGCACUGUAGAAGUAUGAUUUUAGGUUUACAGAUUUAAUAUAUAUUUCAUGUCAUUUAACUUAACAUAUAACUGUAAUGAGCGAAUUAACUUAAGAUCAAACUUUUGUUUUAGUUGCCUAUUUCUUUCUUGUUGUUUGUUCAUGUUUGUUUUCUGAUGACUCCAGUCCCUGUUGGGAGAUCUGUUCAUAUUGUAUUAGUGCUCUCCAGAAAUGUUUCUGGGACUUCGGUCCACGUUGCCAUGGCAGCAGCGUAACGUCGCCUGAAGGUUUGGUCUGUUUUCCGAAAUGGAAAUGAUGUUUAAAGGAAUAGUUUGGCGAAAAAUCUGUUUUCCUCUCAUCGCAGAUAGAGUCAAUGUUUGGCAUCCAAAUUUUACUGCUUUAGUUUAGAACUGAAGGUACCAGGAUGAUGUGGCUAACGGACACCUGAAGUCCGCGGUCACCGCAGUCUUUUCUUUAAAUAAAUGGACUAAACUUCUCUCAGCCUGUUCAAACAGCAUCCAGGUUUACUGUGAGCUAUUAAAAUGAACAACAUUUCAUCAUGUGGCUGCGGGCAGCAACACGGUCAAGUUUUGUUCACUUUUAUUCAUCAUAGUAACUCAUAUUGGACCUUAUUCACCAAAGCUGUGUAUGGUCAUAUCUGUAAAAUGGAAAUAUGCAAAUUUCAUUUGUUAGUUUCAUCUUUGGUGUAUCUGUACAAUCACAUCUGGUAAAAGUUUCACAUUUAUUUUUUUUUUACAUUUUGGUAAAUUUAAACAUUAUAAAGUUCGGCCAGUAGGGGGAGCAGUGCACUCACUGCUCGAUCUUAAACCCCAGCUACAAACUCAGACAUUGGCUUAUGAGCUGCUAAAGGCUGUCAUCUGCCAAAACAUCUGCAUGUAUUAUGACAUGCCUCAUGUAAAUGAGAUGUAAAUGAGGCGUGGGCGCUUGAUUUCACGCACUGAACCUGAUUGAUCACUUGUGCUUAAAUCUCUGCUCGUUUGAAACGUUUGCGGAACUUUCACAAGUCAGACGCAAAACACACUCUUUACACAUCUUUGAGGAAUAAGGGUCCCAAUGUUGCGUAAUGACCAAUGUCAAAGUGGGAACUGGGGUGUUUUUGGAAAAUUCCACUUCCGACUUAUAAUUCCCACUCUGGAAGUCAGAGUUCCUUUCUAAAUUGAGGUUUUGUGAUCUCACUACAACAUUCCUGCCCAUAGAACAAGAAGCAGUAGUGUGUGGGGAGCUUUUAGGUGGACAUUUGAGUCGAUGUUUUUACGUGAUAUGGAAUACAGAGGGAUACUAGGAUAACUGUAAGCUUAAGUUGAAUCCAGUUGUGCACUUUCAUGAAAUUGGUGUGGUUCAGGGGGUUUUGGCCUAAUCAUGUUUAAAAUAAAUGAGCACUAAUGAAACAGCUCCAUUCUAAGAGCUUUCUAAAAGGCCACAACUGCUAGAUCCAGUUUUCCUCAGCCUCAAACGGGAUGGGAAGUGGGAGUUUGAAAAGAGUUCCCAGUUGGCAUGAGCACAGCUCAAACCACAAGUCUUCGGGUGACUAUUUGGGUGACUAUUGACUCCUAGUGUGUAGCAACAUUCGCCUUGUAGCUCUAGUUUAAAACGAAUGAAGGAAAAUUUGGACACCAGACACGCCUUGGUUGAUCGGCUAAAUCAGGGCUAAGUGAGUUCCCAGUUGUCAUGAACGUCACCUACGUGACUAAUGCAGAGCUGGAUGUGGUUUGAGAUGUUCCGGGCGUAUAUUUACAGAUAAGAUUUGGGUGACUAUAAACUUCAAGUGUUAAACAAUGUUAGCCUCAUUAUUCCAGUUUAAAUCUAAUGAGGGAAAAUUUGGACACCAAUUUGCCUUGGUUGAUCGACUACGUCGGGGUUAGAUGAGUUCCCAGAUGUCACGUUGAUUAUUUGGGUGUCUAUUGACUUCUAGUGUUGGCAACAUAGGCCUUGUAGCUCCAGUUUAUAUCUAAAACAAGUUAUCUUGGCUGACUGACAUUCAGGUUGAGUGGAGAAAAUUGGGCAAAUGUGAUUUUUCGCCAAACCGUUUCUUUAACAGUAUCAUCUCACUUAAGUGCCUACAACAUCUCAGAUGAAUGUGAUCUCAGCGAGAGAAUAUAUACGGAAACACAGGUCCAUGCUACCCACACUCCUUACACUUUCCUCACACAUGAAGCUGCGACGUGACGUCACUCGCAGUCAAGUCAGGUAACCAUGGUAACAGCAUCUCGGCUCCUAACGAUGGGACAGGACUUUUGCGAAAGUUUCCUUCGCUGUUUUGCAUUUUUUGUGUUCCGUUUCAUUUCAUCCGCUAGUGUAAAUCACAAGUGUGUAUUUAUUAACAAUCAUCUAAAGGAAAUCGAGUAGAGCAAUAUAGGAGUUUUAUUUUUGUUAUUAAUGUCGUUGUUGUUGUUUUGUUUUUGUUUUUUUUGAUGAACGAUCUAAAGGUAAUGAAGAUGUGCAAUAACGGUUUGUGGGGUUUGUGCGUGACUAUAUUUGAAAUCUGGGACUUGACAGGAAAAGAAAAUAGAUGGCCAAAAAAGGGCAUACCAGGCCUAGCCAUGGCUUGGCUGAGUGUUAAAUGGCUCCCUGUUCCCUACAUAGUGCACUACAUAGGUGUUAAAAUACUGUCUCCUGCACCCAAACAGUGCAUAAUACGUCUAACACGGAUAUAUAUAUGCACACAUCCCGAGGGAAUUCCAGACAAUAAACAGAAAACGCACAUGUGCGCCUUGCUAUUUUUCAAAAAAGAAAGGAGUAAUAAAGCAUUGUUUUUUGUAUCAGGGAUGAAUAAAGAGAUUUUAACAUACAAA